GGAUAAUUAAAUUAAAGAGGUUUCCUCAUGCAAUUAUCUCUCAGGCACAGAGGAUCUUUGGAUUGAAACCCCUGUUAUAUUGCGUUGGAGACCCCUUGUAGGGGUUUGUGCAUAAAAACCAUGUGUAGAUUCAAAGCGACCAGGAUGGGAGUGCGGAGAGAUGUCAUCACCCCCGGCGACGGCCAGACCUUUCCAAAGAAGGGGCAGCUGACGUCUGUGCAUUACACAGGGACCCUUGAAGAUGGAAAGAAAUUUGAUUCUUCCAGGGACAGAGGGAAACCAUUCACGUUCCGAAUGGGGCGGCAUGAGGUUAUCAAAGGCUGGGAAGAGGGAAUCUCACAGAUGAGCUUGGGGGAGCGGUCACUUCUCACCAUCUCCUCUGACUACGCCUAUGGAAGCAAAGGACAUCCUGGCAUUAUCCCUCCACACGCUACCCUAAAAUUCGAUGUAGAAUUAUUGUGUUUGGAGUGAGGGCAUUGUGCCCCCCAUCAUGGGUGCGGAGAGGGGUCUGCUCACAAGGUCGCAUGGUCACUGAAUAUGGACACCAGGGCCAAGAAUGGACACAUCCCGACCUCCCUUUUUUCACUCUACUUCCCACUCAGACGUUUUGCUUGACAGUUUUUGACCCCUCCCUGCUUCUCAUCCUCCUGGCCAGCAGGGUAACUUUGGGCACUCUCACAGCGGAUGACUUGAGGCAGGAGGUGGUUGUGAUCAUACCAGUGAUGCCACCGGAUGUCUCGACUCUGUGCAGAAGGCAAACUCGCACUGUUCCUUAUUCACCUGGUGUGAGAAUUCUCCAUCUGUAUACAUGCCCUUGGCAGGGGUUGAGAUAGCACUACGAGGGUUUGACUCUUUUAUGGCUGUACACUGCAGAGAUUUGUUUAACCUGUAGGGUUUUAAGCCAAUUUGUCCUUCAGUGGUGCAGCUCCUCCCCUUCCUGCCUGCACAGCGUGAUCCCUUUCCACCUCCGCACUCUUAAAUAAACCGCUUUUCUCUAAAAAAAAAAAAAAAAAAACCAUGUGUAACCUAAUAACGCGCAGUUGUACUCCCAGAGCUACGUGCCGUCUAGUUACUGGGUAGACAUGUGCAAUUCGUUUCGGUCCGAAUAUGAAUUCGGCCGAAUUUCGGGCAAUUCGGACAUUCGGGUACUUCCAAUUGUCCGAAUUGCCGAAGUGCCAAGAUCCCAAAG